CGACUCCUUCGACCUCGAACAUAUCGUUUCUAUUGAGCCCAUUCUCCUCGGCUGACAAUUCGUGAUGGAGACCGUAAGCGACAAUCGACUGCAACCAGGAAGAAGAAAAGACAGAGAUCUAAUCUAUGCUCGUCAACGCGGCUACAACUGCGGAAGAAAGCUGAGUUCCUGUAUUUGCGGCGGCACGUCCAAGAACUGGAGGGGUAUCUCGAGCAGCUAAAGGCCCAAGGAGCGCAGAUGCGCACAUCCCCCAUAUGUCAGAGGGCAAAGGAGAACACGGCGUAUUGGUUUACGCUGGCCGGGAUAAAUUACCAGGCAAGACUGCAAUCUGAAGAAACAAAUCGCGCAUCAAAAGCGAUCAUGGCCACCCACGUGCAACUGAACGAUACACUGCGUGAGGUCGUGCAGAUACAAACAUCCUACCAGGAAAAAGAUGUUCUGCGUUCGGAAAUGCCGUUGACACCCCAUUGUCAUUCGACAACAUAUCCUACCGACUGCAGUCACAGCAAAGAAUCGACUACAGUAAUACUACAGUUGUACACUGCACAAAUCCUACUUAGGCCAUGAUUUGUUUUUCUGUCUGAAAAAAACCGGAAAUCAAUGAAAAC